AUGUGUGGCACUGGCAGAUAUGAUGCCAAGCCAUCGAUAUUGGUCUCUCAUCCAUGGAACGAUAUGAAGACGGGUUUGUCCAUCAUGAAGAUCUUGUCUGAACCGCAAGUACGCGAGCAAUAUGACUCCAGCCCCAUGGAAGUGCGCUUCAAGAUAUAUCUGUUCUUGGGGCCCUCGUUUAAAUAUCUCGGAUGGCCGAUAGAGUCUCUUGAUAUUCGACUGAAAGACAAUUUCCUUUCUGGAGCUGUCCUGGUAUCGGACGAUGCCUGCAAUGUGAUAAGCACCAUCACUUGUGGUGUCCGACAUACCGGCCCGAGUCAUCCCGUCUUCGCACUGACGCCUGCUCAUGCCUUUGAACCAUCUUAUAAAGGAGACGGGGGUGUCGUGGAGAACGUAAAGGCAAAUGCCGAUGCGUCUGACCGCGAUGGCGAAGGAGUGGAGGACGAAGCGGUGUGCGAGUUUGCUGAUGUUGAGUACGACAUAGCUGAGCUUCUGCAAUAUGAGAGUUCAAAUGUACUCGAACCCAGACUCAGUGAGCCACCUACGGAUCGCGCAAGGGACCAGGAUCUCACAAAGUUCGGCACCAAAAUAUUGAAGCCGAAAGGCGUGUGGGGGAGGCCCAAACUGCCAGAAUGGCCCGCAUCGAGCGAACUACGAGACUGGCACAACCACCCCAAUCUUGACUGGGCCUUGGUUGAGAUUGAGAAUUCUGAUCAAUGGUCGAGGCCAAACCUUGACUAUGAGUUGAGGCCGGUGGACCACUUGAGCGAGGAAAAGGAACCAGUGGAUAUCAUGACGUCUCGAGGAUUGCUCCAUGGUACCAUUAGCAGCACUCCGACCUUUAUUGCCAAUGCUCGCCACUCCGGUUCUUUAUGCGAAGUCUGGAUUGUUUCUACCAUGGAUUCAAGCUUCGAUGUAGGUGAUAGCGGUGCUCUUGUGAUUCGUCCAGGGUCCCAAUCGGCUUAUGGAUAUGUCAUUGCAGUGAAUCACUCCAGAGAGCUAUACAUUGUGCCACUACGAGCGGCGUUGAAUCAAAUCUGCCAUGUACUCUCCAUU